UGCGGCGGAGUUAAAGGACAUUCCCCGGUUAAACUGUAACCGAACACUUGAUGCGCGAGCGCCGCGGCAGAUCCAGCUCGGGUCCGCGUGUCUCAUCCCUCUGUCUCAGGCUGGAGAUCUUCAGGAAUAAAGAACAGAACGAGAGAACAGGAGAGCUGACUGCAUCCUCGGAGUUUGAGAGUCUGUCAUGCGAAGGUCUCCUCUGUUGUUAUGGAACAUGUAACUGCUGAUGAAGAGCCCCCUGCUGCUGCUGCUGCUGUGUUGGAGUAUCGGGUCCAGCGUAAUGUGUUUGAUGAGGAGCAUCUCAGCUCGCAACUUCUGCACAAGAAGGAAAGAACACCCAAGAGUAUUGGGCAGAGAUUAGCCGAAAGCUGUCGCUGUUCAUCUGAAAGAGCCAAGUCAGCUAUCUUCAGCUUUCUGCCCAUUCUAUCAUGGCUACCAUCGUACCCGGUCAAGGAGUACCUGUUUGGGGACAUAGUUUCUGGCCUCAGCACAGGAGUCAUGCAGCUGCCGCAAGGUCUGGCCUAUGCCAUGCUAGCAGCAGUUCCUCCAGUAUAUGGCCUCUACUCUUCAUUCUACCCUGUUCUUCUGUACACUCUAUUCGGUACAUCCAGACACAUAUCAAUGGGUACGUUUGCAGUGAUCAGUCUGAUGAUUGGGGGCGUGGCUGUGAGGGAAGCCCCGGACUCCAUGUUUCCUCUGAAUGGGACCAAUGUUACGGGUCUGGUGGAUUUCGAGGCGCGAGACGCCAGAAGGGUGCAGGUUGCUGUAGCCCUCACUACACUAGUGGGACUAAUUCAGCUGUUCCUGGGGGUGCUGCGGUUUGGUUUCGUGGCGAUUUAUUUGGCUGAACCGUUAGUGAGAGGCUUCACCACGGCAGCUGCUAUUCACGUGUUUGUCUCUCAGCUCAAAUACCUGUUUGGGGUUAAAACCAAGCGCUUCAGUGGUCCUCUGUCUGUGCUGUAUAGUCUCAUCGCUGUUUUUAAAGACAUCACCAGCACUAACGUCACCACUCUCAUCGUGGGCUUGGUGUGCGUUGUGUUCCUCUACAGUGUGAAGGAUGUAAAUGAAAGAUUUAAAAAGAAAUUGCCUAUACCCAUCCCUGGAGAAAUCAUAGUGGUGAUUGUUUCGACCGGCGUCUCGUACGGCAUGGCUCUGUUUGAGAACUACCAGGUGGACAUUGUGGGGAGUAUCCCUGUGGGAUUGCUGCCACCCGUCAUUCCAGAUUUUACCCUCUUCCCCAACCUGGUGGCGGAUGCUGUCGCUAUAGCAGUUGUUGGCUUCUCGAUGGGAAUCUCUCUGGCUAAAAUCUUCGCUCUGAAGUACGGCUACAGCGUUGAUGGAAACCAGGAGAUGAUCGCUCUGGGGUUGUGUAAUUUUGCCAGUUCCUUUUUCCAAACCUUCGUCAUCACGUCCUCUAUGUCUCGCAGUUUGGUGCAGGAGAGCACAGGGGGGAAGACUCAGAUUGCUGGACUGUUGGGCUCCCUGCUUGUUCUGCUGGUAAUCGUGGCCAUCGGGUUUAUGUUCGAGCCCCUGCCACAGACUGUCUUGGCUGCUAUCAUCAUGGUUAACCUGCUGGGCAUGUUCAAACAAGUGAGAGACAUUCCUGCUCUGUGGAGGACCAGCAAAAUAGAGUUGGCGGUUUGGUUGGUGGCCUUCGUGGCAUCAGUCCUGCUGGGGCUGGACUUUGGUCUGCUGGUGGCAGUUGGGUUUGCCAUACUUACGGUAAUCUAUAGAACACAAAGACCCAAAAGUGUUAUUCUUGGACAGAUCCCAAACACUGGACUCUACUAUGACAUCGAUGAAUAUGAAGAGGCCUCUGAAUGUUCAGGGGUUAAGAUUUUCCACUCAAAUUCUUCCAUCUACUUUGCGAAUAGUGACCAGUAUGUAAAUCAUCUCAAGGAUAAAACAGGUAUUGAUCCAACGCGGCUGCUGGCUGAGAGAAAGUCUCAACAGAAACACGCGAAAACAAAGAAGGAGGAGAAGAAAAACUUGAAGGACAGCAGUUCUCCACAGAAGAGGAAUGCAGUUGCCAAACUGGAUAUGGAGCUGGGCGUGGCUCAUGAGGUUCUGGACGAAUCUGAGAAGCAGGUGGAACUUCAUGGUAAUGGGCAACUUCCUGAAGCUCAGUCUGAAAUUUGCGACUCUGAGAAGGUCCUGUUUCUACAGCCGCUCUGUCCUGUUCAUUCCAUUAUCCUGGACUUCACCCCCGUGAACUUCAUGGACUCUGUAGGAAUCAAGGCCAUCAAAGCUGUUAUUAAGGAGUAUGCAGCUGUAGACGUGAGGGUGGUCCUUGCUGGCUGUAACAGAACUCUGCUGUCUGACCUCAGGAAAAUGCAAUUCUUCAGUGGACCCGUGACCACAGAUAUCAUCUUCCCAACUAUUCACGAUGCUGUUCUGUACUGCCAACACAAGAGGGCCCUCCUUCUCUCCCCCGAGGUCCAAUGAGAACACAGGAAAUGCCAGCCCUGAGAUAGUGAGGCUAUGUGGUGAGAGUAUGUCAUCGUGCAGGAAAGGAAAGAUCACUAGAUCUAGUUUUGCUCUGAUAAGUGUUGCAGUUGCUGCCCUUUGCCUGUGUGUGUUAUUUUUAUUUUUAUUUCUUAUAAGGACUUUAAAAGGGCAGCCUCAGAAAUAAAAAGAAUAAAGAGGGACCUUAAGGAUGAAUAAAAUAAAUAUAUUUUCUAAAGUGUCAUUAUCUAAACAGUGUUACGGCUGUUUAAACUUAUUUAAAGUGGUUUCUGCAACUAAAGAACGUCCUCUACAGACAGAAAUCCAAGAAAUAUAGAAUAUUGUGUAGAAAAAAAACGAAGUAUUGUAGAAGUAUUGUGGAUGCUGCAGAGAGAUGCAGACAGAGAAACGUCCAGGUUUUUCAGGUACGCUGCCUCCACCAGGCCUCAGCACUGACGCAGUGACAGAACUGACACGUGGGUGUGGAGUAGAUAUCAAAUCAUAUUUAUGGAUUUCUGUAGCAUUCCUCAGCAUUUUUGAUUUAUUUUUGUACUGAGCACAAAAUAAUCUCUGUUUCUGCCUAAAAUUUUAUAUCUAACAUUUAGUUACACAGUGUGCAGACUCUCAAUUAAUUCCCUGAAGUGCAAUUAAUAAAAAACAGUCUAUAUCUGAGGAAUUUAGAAAAAAAAAAUCAUAUUGACAAAAAACUGCUGAUUUAUUUUAACUUAGAUAAAUACAGCUCUGGAAAAAAAAAUCUGAGACCUCAGUUUCUCUGAUUUUACUAUUUAUAGGUUUAUAUUUGAGUAAAAUGAACAUUGUUGUUUUAUUCUAUAAACUACAGACAACAUUUCAAAUAUCCCAAAUUCCAAAUAAAAAUAUUCUCAUUUAAAGCAUUUAUUUGCAAAAAAUGAGAAAUGACUGAAAUAACAAACAACUAAGUUUUAAGAGUUCAGAAAUCAAUAUUCGGUGAAAUAAUCCUGGUUUUUAAUCACAAUUUUAAUUUUCAUGCAUCUUGGCAUCAUGUUCUCCUCCACCAGUCUUACACACUGCUUUUGGAUAACUUUAUGCUGCUUUACUCCUGGUGUAAAAAUUCAAGCAGUUCAGUUUGGUGGUUUGAUGGUUUGUGAUCAUCCAUCUUCCUCUUGAUUAUAUUCCAGAGGUUUUUAAUUUGGUAAAAUCAAAGAAACUCAUCAUUUUUAAGUGCUCUCUUAUUUUGUUUCCAGAGCUGUAUUUACAUGUAAUAGGAUGAACAGAAAAUUACUUUAAAUGAAUUUUAAAUCAAGGGUCUAUAUCCUGUUCUUUUUCUGCUUUUCUGUGCUUUUCUGGCAAUGCACUAUAUUUAUUCAUCAAGGUCAAAUAUCCAUCAUGAAAACUGAGAUUAUAGAUAGUAGAUAUAGACUGUUACAGUGAUUUAUAAAUGUUGGUAAUGGGAACUUCUCAUUAUUGCCUAUUUAUUAUUUAUAGAACUGAAGCGUUGCACAAAAACGAAGGAAGAAAUUUGUGUUUGGUAGAAUUUAUUAUUUCUUUGUUCUAACUUUAGUUUUAUUUUCUUGACUAUAAAUCAUAUAGUGCUGGAAAGUUUGUUAAUGUCUCUUUUAACUAGAUCCACAACUUCUUAUGAAGAUGCGGAUUUCAUUUUCCAGCAGGAUUUGGCACACUGCCCACACUGCUCCAAAAGUACCAAGGAGUCUUAUAAAAUAAUCGAAUUUUCUGGAAACAAUGAUUUUUGGACAUAAUCAUCAACAAUUAAAUAAAUAAACGCUUAAAAUAGAUCACUUUGUGUGUUUAAUACAUCUAUAUGGUAAAUGAGUUUCACAUUUUGAACUAAAUUACUAAAAAUAAAGAAACUAAAGUAACUCAAUGAUAUUCUAAUUCUAAUUUGAGAUGCACUAGUUGUUACAAUAAAGUCAAAAUCAACCACACAAAUUUCUGUACUUACUUUUUAUGCUGUUAACCUAGAUGUCAUGCAUGUGAUACAGCCUCGUGACACAGUUUUAAACGCAGUACGAUUUUAUAUUUUAUAUAUUGAAGGCCAUAACCUCAAUAUAUAACCUCUCUCUCUCUCUCUCAAAAUGUUCUGUAUAAAGUAGGUCAUGAGAGUUUAAAGGCCUUUUCUACUGGAUCAUAUUAUGGCACUGUAAUCCAAAUGCUGAUUUUUAUUUUCUACAUUUUCUUUGAAAUAUUAAAAUUGAAGUUAGUUAUUUUUGUACACAGCGCAGUAAAGUCUUUACUAUUUAUCAAAUGCAGUUAUUUAAAAAGCUUCAACAUCGUAAGAUCAUUAACAUUCUUCAUCUUUAUCAUAAUAAUUCAUCACCAACUGAAGGCCAAACCAGUGUGAUUUGGUGCUCGUUUGGUGGUGAACAGUCUUCACUGCUGUCUCUGUGCAUUUGAGAGAAAUCUCAAGGUGAAGAUCAUCAUUUUAAGCAUCUUUUUUUAUUCUGAAAGGUUCGAGCUCGUUUCUUCUGCUUAUAAAUCUUUGAAAAAACCUAAAGCCACAAAAAGAAGUGGCAGAUAUUUUGUGAAUUUUAUUUUGUUUUAAUAAAAGCUAACAAAGAA